AUGCUGCUGAACGCUUCCGUUCCCACGUUGGUGGCCAAGUCCUCCAAGGACGGCCAGGGGACAAAGGUUGACGUGGAGGCCGUGAUGGACAACAUCACCAUCGUCGCCUACACGCUGACCAUCGUGCUCGGCAUCACGGGGAACUCUGCCGUCAUCUGGGUGGCCGGGUUCAAGCUCAAGCCAAAGGUGACCAAUGUGUGGCUGGUAAACCUGGCAAUCGCGGACCUAAUCUUCUGCUUCUCACGAGUCUUCUCCCUCAUCAAGAAGCUCUUCUUCGACCACUGGCCUUUUGGCACCUUUGUCUGCAAAUUCAACGGCUUUUUCAAAUACGCCAACAUGUUCUGCUCCGUCUUCCUCCUGGCCGUGAUCAGCUUGGACCGGAUGCUCUGCGUCUGGCGGCCCGUCUUCACAAGGCAGCGGCGCACCCUGUGGGCCGCGAGGGUGGUGGCCGUCUGCGUCUGGAUCACCGCCAUCAUCUUCAGCACUCCCUACUUCAUCUACCGCCAAGUCUACAAAGGGAAGAACAACCUGAGCAAGUGUAGCUUGGAAGUGAAGGACGGAGCAGAAGGAGACAACGGCGUUAAAUACGUUCUCUACGCCAUCCGUUUCUCAUGCGGCUUCGUUUUGCCCUUCAUGGUCAUCCUCAUCUGUUACAUCCUGGCUGGCUUUGGCAUCCGACGAACCCGCCUGUCGGGGAAGUCCCGCCCCCUGCGUAUAUUAGCCACGUUGGUCAUCGCGUUCUUCCUGUGCUGGGCUCCGUACCACUUCCUCCUGCUCGUCAAGAUGGUGGACAGUAAGAACGCAGUGUUGAAGGUCUGGCAGCCGUUGGCGAGAUCGCUCGCCUACUUCAACAGCUGUGUGAACCCGCUGCUGUACUUCUGCAUGGGGCUGGAAGUCAGGGGCCGCUUCCGGCAGAGUCUCAUGGGGGUUUACCGGAGAGCUUUGGCGGACGACGUCGAAGGACAGACAACUCAGUCCAACGAACGCUCUCUGGACGACAGUUGCGAGUCGAGAAACAGCAACGUGGCGGUGGCCAGAAGGACACAGACGUCAGUGGGAGUGGAUAAAGUGUAACUCUCUCAACACUCCCCAAGCUUGGAGGUGCAGUUGCAUCUGAUAGAUAAUACAGUCUAAC